AUGUGGCGUGGGUUGUGGACCCUGCCGGCCCUGGCGGCACGUGGGCUUCGCAGAUCGUGCUCGCGCCAGGGCAGCGGCGCCCCGGCUCCCAGCUCCGGAGCCACCAUCUUCGCGCUGAGCUCUGGCCAAGGCCGCUGCGGCGUCGCCGUGAUCCGUACCAGCGGCCCGGCCAGCGGCCCUGCCCUCCGGAGUCUCACGGCAGGCCGGGACCUGCCCCCGGCCCGUAGCGCCCGCCUGCGCCUGCUCAGCGACCCGCGCUCCGGGGAGCCGCUGGACCGUGCACUGGUGCUGUGGUUCCCAGGUCCGCAGAGUUUCACGGGUGAGGAUUGCGCGGAGUUCCACGUGCAUGGAGGCCCUGCCGUGGUGAGCGGGGUCCUCCAGGCUCUGAGUGGUGUGCCAGGGCUGCGGCCAGCAGAGGCUGGCGAGUUCACCAGGCGAGCGUUCACCCACGGGAAGCUGAGCCUGACCGAGGUGGAGGGGCUGGCGGAUCUGAUCCACGCGGAGACAGAGGCGCAGCGGCGGCAGGCCCUGCGGCAGCUGGAUGGGGAGCUGGGCCGCCUGUGCCACGACUGGGCCGAGACCCUCACCACGGCUCUGGCCCACGUGGAGGCCUAUAUAGACUUCGGUGAAGAUGACAAUCUGGAGGAAGACGUCCUGGAGCGAGGUGGAGCCUACUGGAGUGUGGGGGCUGGGGACACGCUGGCAUCUCAGCCCUCUGAGCUUCCCUCACUUCCGCCCUUCUGCCUUCCCCCAGUGGACAGCUCAGUGAGGGGACUGCAGGCCGCUCUGGGCGCACAUCUACGAGAUGCACGGCGAGGGCAGAGGCUCCGCUCUGGGGCUCACGUGGUGGUUGCAGGACCUCCCAACGCCGGCAAGAGCAGCCUGGUGAACUUGCUCAGCCGGAAGCCUGUGUCCAUCGUGUCCCCUGAACCAGGGACCACCCGUGAUGUGCUGGAGACCCCUGUGGACCUGGCUGGGUUCCCAGCCCUGCUGAGCGAUACGGCGGGGCUGCGUGAGGGUGUGGGGCCAGUAGAGCAGGAGGGCGUACGGCGUGCCCGCGCGAGGCUGGAGCAGGCUGAUCUCAUUCUGGCUGUACUGGAUGCCUGUGACCUGGCCUCUCCCUCUAGCUGCAACUUCCUGGACACAGUUGUGGCUCAUGUAGGAGACCGGAGCCCUAAUGGGAGCAGCCAGCGCCUCCUGCUGGUACUGAACAAAUUGGACCUACUGCCCUCUGAGGGCCUAGGCCCCAGUCCUGACCUGCCCCCCUACCUGCUGCUGUCCUGUGUGACUGGGGAGGGGCUGGACAGCCUCCUGGAAGCACUGAGGAAGGAGCUAGCUACAGUGUGUGGGGACCCGUCCACAGGCCCGCCGCUCCUGACACGCGCAAGGCACCAGUAUCACCUCCAGAGCUGCCUGGAUGCCCUAGGCCACUACAAGGAGGCAAGAGACCUGGCCCUGGAAGCUGAGGCACUGCGGGUCGCCCGGGGGCACCUGGCCCACCUCACGGGGGGAGGGGGCACCGAAGAGAUCCUGGACGUCAUCUUCCGGGACUUCUGUGUGGGCAAGUGAGGGACAGCAAAUGCUGUGGGCACUGCUCAGGGGAGACCAAGGCUCGGACCCAGGCUGGGCAGAUGCCCAGAAGGCUUGAGAGGUCUGGGAAUAGCUUAAGACAAGUGGAAUUCUCAUUCACCCGAGGAAGAGCUUGAUCCCAAAACAGAGAAGCAAACAGCUGCCUUCGUAGGUAGUAAGUUCCAUGUUGCUGGUGAUAACCAAGCUGCGGCCAGCCAGUCCCCUCACAGGGAUGAGCUGGGGGUUCGGGCCCUGGAGUGGGGCUGAAUGGAAGCCCCUUUUGGGUGCCAGAU